GUCUAAGAAAGUCUACAAAGAAGCGCAGUGAAUCACCACCUUCUGAGCUCCCCAGUUUGCGGCGGAGCACACGGCAAAAGACCACGGGCUCCUGUGCUAGCACCAGUCGGCGAGGCUCUGGCCUGGGCAAAAGAGGAGCAGCUGAAGCUCGCCGACAGGAGAAGAUGGCUGAUCCUGACAACAACCAGGAUGGAGUUAACUCUUCAGCUGCGCGUACAGAUGAGGCUUCUCAGGGAGCUGCAGCUUCUAGUUCUGUUGCUGGGGCUGUAGGUAUGACAACCUCUGGAGAAAGUGAGUCAGAUGAUUCUGAGAUGGGAAGACUACAAGCUCUAUUAGAGGCUAGGGGUCUUCCUCCUCACCUGUUUGGCCCUCUUGGUCCUCGGAUGUCGCAGCUCUUCCACAGGACAAUUGGAAGUGGAGCUAGUUCUAAAGCCCAACAGCUUUUACAAGGUCUCCAAGCCACUGAUGAAAGUCAGCAACUACAGGCAGUGAUUGAGAUGUGCCAGCUGUUGGUCAUGGGAAAUGAAGAAACAUUAGGGGGAUUUCCAGUCAAGAGUGUUGUACCAGCUUUGAUAACACUGCUACAGAUGGAGCACAACUUUGACAUUAUGAACCAUGCAUGUCGGGCCUUAACAUAUAUGAUGGAAGCACUUCCCAGAUCAUCUGCGGUAGUGGUAGAUGCGAUUCCUGUCUUCUUGGAAAAGCUGCAAGUUAUUCAGUGCAUUGAUGUGGCAGAGCAGGCACUUACAGCCCUGGAGAUGUUAUCACGCAGGCAUAGUAAAGCCAUUCUGCAGGCAGGUGGGUUGGCAGACUGUUUGCUGUACCUGGAAUUCUUCAGUAUAAAUGCCCAGAGGAAUGCACUAGCUAUUGCUGCCAACUGCUGCCAGAGUAUAACUCCUGAUGAGUUUCACUUUGUGGCAGACUCUCUGCCACUACUCACACAAAGGUUAACCCAUCAGGACAAAAAGUCUGUUGAAAGCACUUGUCUCUGUUUUGCACGGCUAGUGGAUAACUUCCAGCAUGAAGAGAACUUGCUCCAGCAGGUUGCUUCCAAGGACUUGUUAACAAAUAUCCAGCAGCUCUUGGUGGUGACGCCUCCUAUCCUGAGCUCAGGAAUGUUCAUCAUGGUGGUGCGCAUGUUUUCCUUAAUGUGCUCCAAUUGUCCUACACUUGCAGUCCAACUUAUGAAGCAAAAUAUUGCAGAAACACUUCACUUCCUUCUUUGUGGAGCCUCAAAUGGGAGUUGUCAAGAACAAAUUGACCUUGUUCCACGAAGUCCUCAAGAACUUUAUGAGCUUACUUCUCUUAUCUGUGAGCUGAUGCCUUGCCUGCCAAAAGAGGGGAUCUUUGCUGUUGAUACUAUGCUAAAGAAAGGAAAUGCGCAAAAUACAGAUGGUGCAAUAUGGCAAUGGCGAGAUGAUAGGGGUCUCUGGCAUCCCUAUAACAGGAUUGAUAGUCGAAUAAUAGAGGCAGCUCAUCAGGUUGGCGAGGACGAGAUAAGCCUUUCUACACUUGGGCGUGUGUAUACUAUAGAUUUCAACUCUAUGCAGCAAAUAAAUGAGGAUACUGGAACAGCACGUGCCAUUCAGCGAAAACCAAAUCCUUUAGCCAAUACAAACACUAGUGGACAUUCAGAAUUGAAGAAGGAUGAUGCUCGAGCACAACUAAUGAAAGAGGACCCAGAACUGGCAAAAUCCUUUAUCAAAACAUUGUUUGGUGUUCUUUAUGAAGUAUAUAGUUCUUCAGCUGGACCUGCUGUUAGACACAAGUGCCUUAGAGCAAUUCUUAGGAUAAUUUAUUUUGCUGAUGCUGAACUUCUGAAGGAUGUGCUGAAAAACCAUGCAGUUUCAAGUCAUAUUGCCUCCAUGCUGUCAAGUCAAGACCUUAAGAUAGUAGUUGGAGCCCUGCAGAUGGCAGAGAUUUUGAUGCAAAAGUUACCUGACAUUUUUAGUGUUUACUUCAGAAGAGAAGGGGUGAUGCACCAAGUGAAAAACUUGUCAGAGUCUGAGGCUUUGCUAACAAGCCCACCGAAAGUAUGCACUAAUGGAUCAGGAACAUUGAGUACCACUCCAACAAUAAGUACUGGAGCAGCCACUGCUGCCAGUAAUGCAGCUGCAGAUUUGGGAUCUCCCAGUUUACAACACAGCCGGGAGGAUUCUUUGGAUCUGAGCCCACAGGGACGACUGAGUGAUGUUCUAAAGAGGAAAAGACUGCCGAAACGAGGGCCAAGGAGACCAAAAUACUCUCCUCCAAGAGAUGAUGACAAAGUGGACAAUCAAGCUAAAAGCCCUACAACUACUCAAUCUCCUAAAUCCUCCUUCUUGGCAAGUUUAAAUCCUAAAACGUGGGGAAGAUUAAGCACACAGUCCAAUAGUAAUAAUAUUGAACCAGCAAGAACAGCAGGAGUAAGUGGUCUUGCAAGGGCUGCUUCCAAGGAUACCAUUUCCAAUAACAGAGAAAAAAUUAAGGGCUGGAUUAAGGAGCAAGCUCAUAAAUUUGUAGAACGUUAUUUUAGUUCUGAAAACAUGGAUGGAAGCAAUCCUGCACUAAACGUAUUACAGAGACUUUGCACUGCAACUGAACAACUCAACCUCCAGGUGGAUGGUGGAACAGAGUGCCUUGUAGAAAUCCGUACCAUUGUCUCAGAGUCUGACGUCUCCUCAUUUGAAAUCCAGCAUAGUGGAUUUGUUAAACAACUGCUGCUUUAUUUGACGUCUAAAAGCGAGAAAGAUGCUGUAAGCAGGGAUAUCAGAUUGAAAAGAUUUCUUCACGUGUUUUUUUCUUCUCCACUUCCUGGAGAAGAACCCCUUGGAAGAUUAGAGCCAUUAGAAAAUGCACCUUUGUUGGCAUUAGUCCAUAAAAUGAACAAUUGCCUCAGUCAGAUGGAACAGUUUCCUGUCAAAGUGCAUGACUUCCCUAGUGGAAAUGGAACAGGGAGCAGAGGAUCCCAAGCUUUAAAAUUCUUCAAUACACAUCAAUUAAAAUGCCAACUGCAAAGACAUCCAGACUGUGCUAAUGUGAAACAGUGGAAGGGUGGACCUGUGAAGAUUGAUCCUCUGGCGUUGGUACAAGCCAUUGAAAGAUACCUUGUAGUUAGAGGCUAUGGAAGAGUUAGAGAAGAUGAUGAAGAUAGUGAUGAUGAUGGGUCAGAUGAAGAAAUAGACGAAUCUUUGGCUGCUCAAUUCUUAAAUUCAGGGAAUGUGAGACACAGACUGCAGUUUUACAUUGGAGAUCACUUGCUGCCAUACAAUAUGACUGUAUAUCAAGCAGUUAGGCAGUACAGUUUGCAAGCUGAGGAGGAGAGGGAGUCUACAGAUGAUGAAAGCAACCCAUUAGGAAGAGCUGGGAUUUGGACAAAAACACACACCAUUUGGUACAAACCUGUGCGAGAGGAUGAAGAUGGUAAUAAGGACUGUGUUGGCGGUAAAAGAGGAAGAGCACAAACUGCUCCCACGAAGACUUCCCCUAGAAAUUCUAAAAAGCAUGAUGAAUUGUGGCAUGAUGGUGUAUGCCCUUCAGUAUUAAAUCCCCUAGAAGUUUACCUCAUAUCUACUCCACCUGAAAACAUAACAUUUGAAGACCCCUCAUUAGAUGUUAUUCUUCUUUUGAGAGUUCUACAUGCUAUCAGUCGAUACUGGUAUUACUUGUAUGAUAAUGCAAUCUGCAAGGAGAUAAUACCAACAUCAGAGUUUAUCAACAGUAAACUGACAGCAAAAGCAAACAGGCAGCUUCAGGAUCCUUUGGUAAUUAUGACAGGAAACAUACCAACUUGGCUGACAGAACUUGGAAAAACAUGCCCGUUUUUCUUUCCAUUUGAUACCCGUCAAAUGCUGUUUUAUGUAACUGCUUUUGAUCGUGAUCGAGCCAUGCAAAGACUACUGGAUACAAAUCCAGAAAUCAAUCAAUCAGAUUCUCAGGAUAGCAGAGUGGCACCGCGACUGGACAGGAAAAAACGCACUGUGAACAGAGAUGAGCUGUUGAAACAGGCAGAAUCUGUGAUGCAGGAUCUAGGCAGUUCAAGAGCCAUGUUGGAAAUCCAGUAUGAGAAUGAAGUUGGCACAGGCCUAGGCCCAACGCUAGAGUUCUAUGCACUUGUAUCUCAGGAACUGCAGAGAGCAGACUUAGGCCUUUGGAGGGGAGAAGAAGUGACUUUAGCCAAUCCAAAAGGAAGCCAGGAAGGUACCAAGUACAUCCAUAACCUUCAAGGCCUUUUUGCACUUCCUUUUGGCAGAACAGCCAAGCCAGCUCACAUUGCUAAAGUUAAAAUGAAGUUCCGCUUUCUGGGAAAACUCAUGGCCAAGGCAAUCAUGGAUUUUAGACUGGUGGACCUUCCUCUUGGACUUCCUUUUUAUAAAUGGAUGUUACGACAGGAAACUUCCUUGACAUCACAUGACUUGUUCAGUAUUGAUCCAGUAGUAGCCAAAUCAAUAUAUCACCUUGAAGAUAUUGUGAGACAGAAGAAAAGACUUGAACAGGACAAAACACAGACCAAAGAAAGUCUACAGUAUGCAUUGGAGGCUCUGACUAUGAAUGGCUGCUCAGUGGAAGAUCUAGGGCUGGACUUCACACUUCCUGGGUUUCCUAAUAUAGAACUGAAAAAAGGGGGAAAAGAUACACCAGUCACCAUCCACAAUUUAGAGGAGUAUCUCAGAUUGGUUAUAUUCUGGGCACUAAAUGAAGGUGUUGCCAGACAGUUUGACUCCUUCAGAGAUGGAUUUGAAUCAGUCUUCCCCCUCAGUCACCUUCAGUACUUCUAUCCUGAGGAGUUGGAGCAGCUCUUGUGUGGCAGUAAAACGGACACUUGGGAUGCAAAGACUUUAAUGGAGUGUUGCAGGCCAGAUCACGGUUAUACACAUGACAGUCGAGCAGUGAAGUAUCUCUUUGAAAUUCUCAGUAGCUUUGAUAGUGAGCAGCAAAGACUCUUUCUUCAGUUUGUGACAGGUAGCCCCAGACUGCCUGUAGGAGGUUUUCGAAGUUUGAAUCCUCCAUUGACAAUUGUACGCAAGACAUUUGAGUCUACAGAGAACCCAGAUGAUUUCUUACCCUCAGUAAUGACCUGUGUGAACUAUCUCAAAUUGCCGGACUAUUCAACUAUUGAGAUAAUGCGUGAAAAACUCUUGAUAGCUGCAAGAGAAGGGCAGCAGUCAUUCCAUCUUUCCUGAUCACAAUUAAAAAUGCAAUGUCUGCCUGUUACAGCAAAAGAGAAACUUGUGAUUCUUUUCUAAAUAUCACCCGAGUCAAGGAAACAUGUUACGCCUUCUUGUUGUAGAAAAACAGCUUGCAGAUUAUAAACAAAGACACUUGGUUGAUAUUCAUUAAAGGCCCCUAUGGACUUAAAGUGAUCAGGCCCUAAAAGUUGUUGUGACAAGGUUUCUUUAGCAAGUUCUUGUUUAAAUUAUCAUUUAUUUGAUGAGUGAAGUUUUUAACUUGCUUUGCUGUGUGAAAUUUAAAAAGGGAUGUUUUUCCAGGCUGGAACAAUAAAUGUCGCUGUGCAGUUUAA